AUGACAAAUUUUCCUUCUACACAAAAGAAUAUACAUUCCAUUUGAAUGAAUUGUAUAUUAUUUAGUUAUUCAUUAAUAGGUAUUAUAUAUUUUUUUCAUAUUGCAAAAAUCGUGUUUCAGAUAUUGAUAGACAACAAAAUAUUUCUAUGAAAGAACAAAAAGAAAUCCUUAAUGACCAUACAUGUGGAAUAAUAAGUCCGAAGAAAAAGGAGAGAAUAAAUGAAACAAUUGUAGAAGAAAUUGGCGCUUUCUGGCGAGACCUGGCUAGAAAUCUCAAAAUUAGAGAAUGUGUGAUUGAUGAAAUUGAUAAUGAUAAUAAGAAAUUGUGUGAGAAAGCUUCAAAAAUUUUAACAAUUUAUGAACACAGAGCUGAUCCCCAGCGAUGGUUUUUUGUUUUAUGUGAUGCUCUGGAAAAAAGUCGAAGAAAGGACAUAAGCAGAUCAUUACAAGAUAUUAUGUCUAUGAGGAUUUAAUCUUAUAUAAUACUGACAGCUGCUUUGCAGCUUUAUUAGCAGAGCCUGCAUGGAAUAUGAGGAAACACAUGUUCUACUUGAUUGUCCAGCAGUUGCCAGCUUAUGUAGCUAAAGCUAGCUGUUAGCUAAAGAAAUGGAAGAAAUAUUUUAAGUGUAAGAAGUCUGAAAUAAAUGAAACGAAACUCUUUAAGAAAGUAAUGAAAUAUUGAAUAAGUAUGGAUGAAAUAAUGAAAAGCAUGAAAGAAGAAUUACAUGGUCAAGACAGCUACCCCUAGUGGGAUGAUAAUAUGCCGGUAUCAUUCCGUAGAAAGCCAGAACUUCUAAGUAAUUGGAUGACAACGAAUUAAGCUCAGCUUUACACAUUCUUUAUUUAUGCAGAAAGUACAAAGAUAAAGAAGCUGUUAUCACCCUUAAAAACUACUGUGAAAUCAGCCUGCUUAUAAUUGUUGGAAAACUGUAUGCUAACAACUAAAAAAUUUAGGAUGUGCAAGCUGGAUUUAGAAAACAAAUAGGAUGUAUGGAUAAAGUUGUUUUUAUUUGCAUAAUCACAGAGAAGUUUGUGGCCAUAACCAGAACAUGUUCUGUGUAUUUUAAACUUAGAGAAGGCCUAUGAAGCCCGCUUUUCUCUAUGGGAUGUAAUGUAAUGUAAUAAAUAUUAUAUCUCGAGAUAUAAAUUAAUAUCAGUCAUCAUACUUUUUAAUGGAACCGUUUACACUGAGAUGUAAUAUAUACAUCUCAUACUAUAAAUAGUUUUUCGAUCAACCGAGCGAUAUUUUCAUAUUAUAUUUCGCCCCCUGUGCCCCGCACACCGUUCCGCACCGCCGCAGAACUUUGUGCGUGGUAAAGGGGGUAGUCCAAUGACGAACGCACACUGGUUAAAAGAUAUAUCUCACAGUGUGUAAGUUCAAAUGUUCAAUCGCGGGAUAUAAUAUCCUAUGAUGAAAAGCGAGUUUCACAGAUUGGAUAGUUUCUUUAUGGCAAACACUGACCUCAUUGGGGUUGAGUGCUAGGCUGACACAGGCAUUUAAAUCUUGUUAUAAAGGGGCUCUAGUGAUUGUGCUCAAAUCAACAGAGCCUACACAGACUGGUUUAACAUCCAUAAAAGUAACAGACAGGGUUAUGUAGCUUCCCAGUGGCUGUUCAAUCUGUUUUUGGAUAGUUCUUUAAAAACGGAAAGUCGAAGAAUGGGUGAGUUAGCUGUCAAAUGCCUCUUGAACGCCCACUAUCAAAUCUUCGGCAGUUUAGAGAGGAAAUAUAGAAAGAAUGAAUGAUGAAAGAGUGAUGCUACUGAAGUGGCAGAUUCGGCAAGGGACACCCUAGAACACUGAUGGCGAACCUAUUGUUGGAUCAGACUGACCCAUGCAGAUUAUUUAUUAUUAUUGGGUUAUCUAUAAACUUUUAUUAUUAUUAUUUAAAUGACCUACGGGUUAAUUUCGUAAAUUUAUUUUUUGUGUCAUAAAAAAAACAGACAAUCAAAAAUAUUAAAAAAUAAAGUAAAUUUUACAACAAGAUUACUCAAUAAUUAUACUUCAAUUUUGUUAUACAAACACAAUAAUAUGUACCUGUAACUAAAUCUAUAAAUAAAUAAUACUCC